GGACUGGACCGGGGUCUAGGUGGGAUUACAUAAUACGCUGGAUCCGCAGGCGGGACGGGUGGAUCGUGCCAAUGACAUCAUCGAUGCCAGCUUUCCCCAGACGAGCUUUUUCGGUCACUUGGACAACUCGCACGAAGAUCGGAUUCAAUUGGUGGCGUAUCAAGCCCGAACGGCCAUUGACCGGAGAAAUUGACGAUCGCCGGUCAUCCGAUUCGCCUCGUAACUCAUCUGAUGAACGGAGAAGCGCUCCUUUGGUUUUUAAUGCAGCUAUCGUUGGGGUGGUUGGGCAAGGUCGUAUUCCUGGGAGGCGAAAAAAGAGGACCCGACUAGCGCGUCCGUAGGAACUGCCAUUCGCAACAUGGCGAGCUACUUGACCGGUAGCUGUUUUAGGUCAUUGACAGCUUCAGAUGUUGCAUGAGCUUGGAGCUUUUAGCCAAAAUGAUAAUAAUGGAAUUUUUUCGUGUCUUCUUCCAAGGGGAAGGGGGGAAUCGUUAGAGCUCGAAGGCCCAAGAGCCCAAGAGCCCAGGAGCCCAGCCCCAAGAGGCACAGACCUCCCGACGUUCCGUGUUGAGUUUUUCCCCAUCGCGGCCAACUGCCACAAGUCUCUGCCAGGGCAGAAAGUUGGUCGACCCGGAUCUUGCUGGAUAUUAUUUUCCUCUGCCCCUGUUCUCUAGUCGAGGGGGGGGCAAUUCUUCUUUUUUUUUUUUCUUUUCUUCUCUCCUCAUCGCAUACCAGAUCGACCUUCACCGGCCUCUCGCGUCUCUUCUUUCUCCGCUCGCCCCCCAGCCUCUCCCAUGGGGUAAAAGUGUAAAACUAAAACCAGCCCAGUCCAGCUUGUCGCAAGAGAUCCCGAACCCCGCACAGACCGAAGCCGGAGGCCCAUCCCCCGUACACCCAAACCCGAAAAGCUACUGGCCGCUGGACCUGCUGCUAACCUGUCUGGCUGCUCUUGCUUUCCCCUCAUCGCUUUCGAGCUUUUCCUCCCUCCUCCCCUUCUUCUUCUUCUUCUUCUUCUUGCGCGCUCCAACUUUUCAGACUUAUACCCCCCUCUCUGAAAAACGCCUUUGACGGCUACCUCUUCCCUCGCCAUGGCCGACGAAAACGGCACUGAGCCUAUCAAGCGCGAUGUCCGUAACCAUAUGCUCUUCGAGAUCGCCACCGAGGUGGCCAACCGGGUCGGCGGUAUCUACUCGGUGCUCAAGUCCAAAGCGCCCGUGACCACCGCCGAGUAUGGCGAGCGCUACACUCUGAUCGGACCUUUGAACAAGGCCUCGGCCGCCGUCGAGGUCGAGGAGCUCACUCCCUCCAGCCCGGCGAUGCGCGACACCAUCGCCUCCAUGCAGGAGCGUGGAGUUGAGAUUGUCUACGGUCGCUGGUUGAUCGAGGGUGCUCCCCGCGUGCUCCUCAUCAAUACCGGCACGGGUUAUCGCUGGCUCGACGAGUGGAAGGGCGAUCUAUGGAAUACCUCCGGCAUCCCGUCCCCCUCGGCCGAUCAUGAGACCAACGAGGCCAUUGUCUUUGGAUACAUGGUCGCCUGGUUCUUGGGCGAGUACAUCGCCCACGAGCGUCACCGCGCCGUGGUCGCCCACUUCCAUGAAUGGCUGGCCGGUGUCGCUUUGCCCUUGACCAAGAAGCGACACAUGGACUUGACCACCAUCUUCACCACCCACGCCACUCUCCUGGGUCGUUAUCUCUGCGCCGGCUCGGUGGACUUCUACAAUAACCUCCAGUUCUUUGACGUGGACGCCGAGGCCGGGAAGCGUGGUAUCUACCACCGGUACUGUAUCGAGCGUGCCGCCGCCCAUAGCGCCGACGUCUUCACCACCGUCUCCCAUAUCACCGCCUUUGAGAGUGAGCACUUGCUGAAGCGCAAGCCCGACGGUGUCCUGCCCAAUGGUCUCAAUGUCAAAAAGUUCUCCGCCAUGCACGAGUUCCAGAACCUGCACUCGCAGUCCAAGGAGAAGAUCAAUGACUUUGUUCGUGGCCAUUUCUACGGUCACAAUGACUUUGACCUGGAUAACACGCUCUAUCUCUUUACCGCUGGUCGGUAUGAGUACCGUAAUAAGGGUGUCGACAUGUUCAUCGAGGGACUGGCCCGUCUCAACCACCGUCUCAAGUCGAGCGGGUCGAAUACCACCGUGGUGGCGUUUAUCAUCAUGCCCGCACAGACAUCCUCUCUCACGGUCGAGACUUUGAAGGGGCAGGCCGUCGUCAAAUCUCUGCGGGAUACGAUUGAGAACAUCGAAAAGGGAAUCGGAAAGCGCAUGUACGAGCGCUGUCUCGAGUGGAAGGAAGGCGAAAACAUGCCGGAUGAAAAGGACCUCAUCACUAGCCAAGACCGGGUCCUUCUGCGCCGUCGUCUCUUCGCGAUGAAGCGACACGGUCUCCCGCCCAUUGUCACCCACAACAUGGUCAACGACCACGAGGACCCAAUCCUGAACCAACUGCGCCGCGUGGAGCUCUUCAACAACUCGUCCGAUCGCGUGAAAAUCGUCUUCCAUCCCGAGUUCCUCAACUCGUCCAACCCCGUGCUGCCCCUGGACUAUGACGAUUUCGUUCGCGGCACUCACUUGGGAGUGUUCCCGUCCUACUACGAGCCCUGGGGCUACACCCCGGCCGAGUGCACGGUCAUGGGCGUGCCCAGUAUCACCACCAAUUUGUCCGGAUUCGGUUGCUAUAUGGAGGAGCUCAUUGAGAAUUCUUCCGACUACGGCAUUUAUAUUGUGGAUCGUCGUGCCAAGGGCGUGGAUGACUCGGUGAACCAGUUGACUGAUUUCAUGUUUAACUUUACCCUGAAGAGUCGGCGUCAGCGGAUUAACCAGCGUAAUCGUACUGAGCGGUUGAGUGAUCUAUUGGACUGGAAGCGGAUGGGCUUGGAAUAUGUCAAGGCUCGUCAGCUUGCUCUGCGGAGAGCUUAUCCUUCUUCUUUCGAAGGUGCGGAGGACUACUUCGACAUCAUCGGUGGCACUGACCAGAAGGUCUCUCGCCCGUUGUCCGUUCCCGGCUCCCCGCGGGAUCGCUCCGGUAUGAUGACCCCGGGUGACUUUGCGUCGCUGCAGGAAGGCCGUGAGGGCCUCAGCACGGAAGAUUACAUUGCGUGGAAGCUCCCUGAGGAGGAAGAACCCGAUGACCACUUCUAUCCGCUCACGCUCCGCACGCGCAAGACCAACGACGUUCCCCAGUCCCCGUUGGACAGCAUCUCCAUUAAUGGAGGCGGUGCUCCCUUGGGCAGUCCGAAGCAAGCCUAAACACCGAGCGCACGCUAUAGCUGGUGUCUAGUUUUGCUCUGACGACACGGAUCUGGGUUGAAUUCUCUUGAUAGGCUCACGAUUGGGGCCUUGUCCUUUUAGUUUCUUCAUGUUCUUCAUCUUCUCCAUGUUCUUGAUGCUCUUCGUGUUCUGAUCUUUCUUCUGCAUUUGGUGUCAUGCUUCGUUUCCUUGUUACCGGAGUGGAUACUCCCACGUCUCUCGAUCUCUCCAACCCCUCCUACUGUAGCCUGACGUCAGUCACCCUUGUAAUUUUGUCACUCUUGUCUUCUCCCGCUGCAUCGUUGCAUUUGAAGCCUUGUUUCUUUUUUAACCGAAUUUGAACUCACCACCUGAAUGCAUUGACUACGAGUAUAUUCUCUGUUUCUUCCACCAACACGUAGCUUUGACUCAUAGCUCUAUGUAACUAGUGACUGGCG